AUGCGUGAUCGAGCAACGGCACACAAGGGUGGGGAAGGACAUGACGAGGAAGCCACGGGUGUUGGAACAGAAAAGACACUUGUGACUAGCGGAGGCAGCUUAGAUCGCCAAGGAUUCCGGGUUCAUCCUAGUGUGGCCCGUCCUUCUGAAAGUGGCAGUCGGCGACGAUGUAAUAGACGGCGCUCCAAAAAUACACGCGAAGAUUCUGGAGGAACGCUGUAGGUGAGGGCGACCUGGUCGAUCGAAGAGCCGAUUGGGGACGCCUACAAGACUGGGCUCAGGUGUCUCGCCAGGAAGACAAGCUGAGGGCUUUUUGCUCACGCGUUCUCUCUCCUCUCCGUUAACGUAACCCUACCUCUCGGGACAUGAUGUUCC